CAGAGGAGAACCAUCAACAUCAGAGCAAAUGGAACAUUUUGGGGAUUUUAUCUUUUUCAUUUUGUUCAGUCCCACCACAAUGCUGGGAGCCGUUGUUCUCCUGCUUGUACUUUAUCUUGUCUCUGUCAUUUUCAUCUCUAAGGAAAAAAGAAAUGAACCCCCAGGACCGAGACCUCUGCCCCUGCUUGGUAACCUGUUGCAAUUAGAUCUCAAGAGACCCCACAAAACUCUGUGUGAGCUUUCAAAGAAAUAUGGCUCUGUAUUUACUCUUUACUUUGGAACCAACAAAGUCGUGGUCCUGGCUGGAUAUGAGACAGUCAGAGAGGCACUGGUCAACUAUGCAGAGGAGUUUGGAGAGCGCAACAUCUCCCCGAUACUUAAUGAUAUAAACCGAGGUCAUGGGAUUCUGUUUGCAAAUGGAGAAUCAUGGAAAGAGCUGAGAUAUUUUGCUCUCACCACCCUCAAAGACUUUGAGUUCAGCAAAAGACUUUCUCAUAAAAUCUUGGCGGAGUGUAGCUAUCUCAUUCAAGCGAUCGAAGAGCAUAAAGGAGAACCAUUUGAUACAGCACUUCCAAUAAAUUAUGCAACAGCCAAUAUUAUCUUCUCCGUUGUGUACGGAUGCAGAUUUGACUACAAUGACCCGAUAUUCACAAAAAUGGUGAAGCGAGCCAAUCAUGCCACAUGUGUCACAGGUUCUGCAUCAGUCCAGCUUUAUAACAUGUUUCCCCGGCUGUUCAGAUGGAUUAAAAAUCGUCAGGUGCUGUUAAAAAAUGUUGAGACGACCAUCAGAGAUGUAAAGUAUUUAAUUACGUACCUGAAAGAGACACUGGACCCUGACACGUGCCAAGGGUUUGUGGACUGUUUUUUGAUUUGGAAGCAGAAAGAGGAAGAAUUUGGUAUUGACGAUUCUCACUACAGUGAGGAGAACUUGAUAUUCACAGUGAUUGACCUGUUUGUCGCUGGUACUGACACCACGGCAGCCACACUGAGAUGGGGUUUGCUGUUAAUGGCUAAAUAUCCACACGUACAGGAGCAGGUCCAUGAGGAGCUGAGACAUGUAGUAGGAAGCCGACAAGUCAGUGUUGAUGAUCGGAAAAACCUGCCCUACACUGAUGCAGUCAUUCACGAGAUCCAGAGACUGGCUAAUAUUCUACCUGCAUGCCUUCCUCACCAAACUAGCCAAGAUGUCACCUUCCAGGGAUACUUUAUCAAAAAGGGAACUAUUGUAUUUCCCCUUCUUACUUCUGUCCUGUAUGAUGAGAGUGAAUGGGAGAGCCCACACACUUUUAACCCUUCUCAUUUCCUGGAUAAGGAAGGUAAAUUUGUCAAGAGAGAUGCCUUCAUGCCCUAUUCUGCAGGUCGCAGGAUGUGUCUCGGAGAAGGUCUGGCUAAGAUAGAGCUCUUCCUCUUCUUCACCUCCCUCAUUCAGCGCUUUUGCUUCACUCCUCCACCUGGAAUUACAGAGGAUGAACUGGAUCUCACACCAGCUGUGGGAUUCACCACCCCUCCUUCAUCUCAUAUGCUGUGUGCUGUCAGUCGCCAUUGAGCGAGAGCUUAAGCAGGGCUUCUUUAAAGUGAAUGCCUGCGGCAAGCAGAAGUAUAAUUUUUCAACCACCAGCAAAUGUCACGAUCCUCAACACCUGGAUUGUUGAGCAAAAGCAGAUGUUGUGAGAUAAAAGGAGAAAAAUGUAUUUCAGUCCUUCACAUUAAGGCAAAUAAAACUGUAUUAACAGGAAUGAGUGGUGUUCUUUAGAGAUGGGAAAAAUUGGUCUAAUUUUUUUGCUUGAAUUUGCUGUUUUUACCAAGUAAUUCACACAGUUUACCAUAUAUUUCUGCUUUCUGACACUUUGAUUGUUUUUUCCACAAUGAUUUUGAUGCUGUUUAAUCUUACUAUAUGCUGCACAUUGUGAAAAUUAAGUCUUUAAUUUAUAGUAAAUACAAAAAAUAGGUGUUUUAGGUGGGAGAUAUGCAGUGGGAUGACUGGACAAAAUGUUGUUUUCACACAUCUGAAUUUGUGAUUUUCACCAAGACAUGAACAUAAUACACUCCUUCUGACUGUUUUUGUAAAACUGAUUUUUGCUCUGUAAUAUGUUAAAGGUUUGUUCUUUAUAUUGCACCUAAUGGCUAAAAUUCUGUACUAUAUUAUAUAGACCUGAACCUGCAUCUUCAAAUAUCUAUUAAA